CUGGAUUAUUUGAAGCCAAUAAAUUCACAACCCUCAUGACCCAGUACAAGGAGGGGUCUCAAAAGGAAGGACUGAUGCUUGAUUCCUCAGAAGAGCUCUACAAAUGGUUCAUUGAUCAGAUAAUGAGAAACCUUCACGUGGUAUUCCCUAUAAACCCUUCCUCUGAGGGUCUGAAAGACAAAGCUGCUACCUCUCCUGCUUUAUUCAAUUGUUGUGUGUUGAACUGGUUCAGUGAUUGGUCCACUGAUGCUCUGUAUCAAGUUGGAUAUGAGUUUACUAAUAAAGUUGAUCUUGAUAAAUCAGACGUGUUGAUAAGUCCUCCUAUACUGAUACUUUGGUACCAAAUUUACUAGCCUAUUCCCAGCCUCACAUUUGGUCUCACAAUCAAGAGAUCUUGAGGCUAAGGGUAUACUAAACAUUGAAUCAAAGUGA